GGAGCGCAUUCCGAUCUGAAACAGCUCACCGUGGACUGAGUAGGUGAGAAAUGGCGGGAAGCAGCACCGUAGUGGUGUUCGAUUUCGACCACACGAUGAUAGAAGACAACAGCGACACAUGGGUGGUGGAGCAAAUGGGUCUCACCGAUUCCUUCAAUCAACUCCUACGUACUCUCCCUUGGAACUCUCUCAUGGAUAGGAUGAUGGAGGAGGUCCACUCAAAGGGGAAAACAAUUGAGGAGAUUGCAGAGUGUUUGAGAAGGGUUCCUAUGAAUCCCAGAAUUGUUGCAGCCAUCACUAAAGCCCAUGCUCUUCUUGGGUGUGAAUUGAGAAUAAUCAGUGAUGCGAACCAGUUUUUUAUUGAGACAAUCUUGAAGCAUUAUGGUUUAUUUGAUUGUUUCUCGGAGAUCAUCACAAACCCUAGCAUCAUUGAGGAAGAAGAAGGCAGGCUGAGGAUCUGCCCUUACCAUGAUUCGGUCUCAUCCCCUCACGGUUGCCAUUUAUGCCCUCCCAAUUUGUGCAAGGGUCUAGUGAUUGAGCAGAUUCAAGCUUCGAUUUCUGAAAAAGGGAAGAAAAAAAUGAUCUACCUUGGAGAUGGGAGAGGUGAUUACUGCCCAAGUCUGAAGCUUGGAGAGCGAGACCAUGUGAUGCCAAGAAAGGAUUUUCCUUUAUGGAAGACGAUUUGCGAUAACCGUACGCUUAUCAAGGCAGAGGUCCACGAAUGGAGCAAUGGAGAGGAGCUUGAGAGGAUCCUAAUUCAGCUUAUCGAAGCAAACUCCACUGAAAGCAACUGUAAAACUCCGUAAGACUAGAGUCAGUCAAACUCAUUCAAUUGCAUUUUAGGACAUUUUGAUCCCCAUCAAUGAACCAGUUGUUAGAGGUCGUGAUAUGGAGCGAUGCAAGUGUUAUCACUCUCAGCAGUGUGGUGCAGGGUUGAGUCACAGGAAUCAGUCUCUCCAUAUACCCACUACCUUCUCCAAACCUUAAUGUAACAGCUUUUGUGGCAUGUAUUUGUCUUGUGUACCUCUUGUAGGAUGAUUGACACAGUAAACAAAAAAUGAGAAAUUUACUCUGUUUUCAUGAACUCA